AUGGAUACGUUAGUCGCCAAAUACUCCCGCUCGCCGUACGAAGAUGAGUUCUAUUCCGAGCAACAACAGCGCGAAAUGACAGAGUGUCUUCCGCCGCUGUCUCUAAAAUUCGAUCUCCCUCCGAUUGAGAAUCCCUCUGCUUUCCUCCGUGCCAUGACGGAUGACCAUGCGAACCCGAAUGCGCCGAUCAAACUAGCCCACGGAACGACCACUCUUGCGUUUCGAUUCAAGGACGGAAUCAUUGUCGCGACGGAUUCCCGAGCAACGGCAGGGAACUGGAUCGCCAGUCAGACGGUGAAGAAGGUCAUUCCCGUGUCGCGAUUGGAUCUCGUGACGGACAAGCCUCAAGAUGCUCCCGUGCCUGGUCUUCUGGGGACGAUGGCUGGAGGUGCAGCAGACUGUCAAUACUGGUUGAGAUACUUGGCCGAGCAGUGUACACUUCACGAAAUCCGGCAUAAACGUCGGAUCACGGUUGCGGCUGCUUCCAAGAUCCUGGCGAACCUGACGUACGCAUACAAGGGGAUGGGACUGAGCAUGGGAACCAUGUUGGCAGGCGUAACGCCUCAAGAAGGUCCCGCGCUCUACUACAUCGACUCAGACGGCACCCGACUGUCGGGCAACCUCUUCUGCGUCGGUUCCGGGCAGACGUUCGCCUACGGCGUGCUCGACGCCGAAUACCGCUACGACCUGAGCACGGAGGAGGCGCUGGAGCUGGCCAAGAGGAGCAUCCUGGCGGCCACCCACCGCGACGCGUACUCCGGUGGGUACAUCAACCUGUACCAUGUCCGCGAGGAAGGAUGGGUGCACCACGGCUUCAUGGACACGGAUCCCAUCUUCUGGAAGACAAAGUUGGAGAAGGGCGAAUUCACCAAUGUUACGGCUGACGUGUAG